GAUUAUAAUACCAUUACACCGUUUAUUUGUUUACAUGUUGGUACAAAAACUGCUUUGUGAAUAAAGGACAAAUCGAUGUGCCAAUCCGAUGUUACCUCAUUAAGACAUUGAUUUGCAAUGGGAAAAUUAUUUAGCAAAUCAAAGCAUCCAAAGCAAAAUACUCAAAGUGGAUUUGAUAGCCUAGAUACAGCUGGAGCACACAGGGAAGACAAAUCGUAUGCUAGAAUGAAUAGACAUGUGUCUAACACAUAUCAACAGCAGCCAACUGGUGAAGCCAUACAUUCCGAGGCUGUUGUCAGCCUUGCCAAAAUACAACCUGGACUCUGUUUAGCAGGUAGUAAGGACAAGACUGUGUCACUGUAUGAUUAUCAUAAUCAUCGUCUGGAAGACAGGUGGACUGGGCAUUCAAGGGAGAUAACCAAGGUGUACUAUGGUUUACAAUGUCAAGGUAUAUUUAGUGCAUCUAGAGAUAGAACAGUGAAACUAUGGAAACGAGGUAAUGCCAGCCCCAUGCGAGAAUAUGACGGCCAUGAUUUAGUUGUGUCAGCAAUUCAUCUUAAUAAAGAAAAUAGUUUAUUAUGCACUGGUUCACGAGACAAUACCAUCAAGUUAUGGGAUGUUGAAAGUGGAAAUUGCCUGAGGGAAAAUAAGACCUCCAGAAAUCUAGUCACAGAUGUGAAGUUUGUUCCAGAUUCACAUUUACUCGUGCAAACAGGGGAAGAUAAGGAGUCAGGUAGGUUGUUUGAUACACGAACAAUGUAUGUCGCACACACGUUUCCACGGAAACAGUAUAUACAGAUGAGUUGUGAUGUCAGUGCGGAUGGUAACUACUGUCUCACGUGUAGUAAUGGUUUCGGUGGCAAUGGUUGUGAAGCUACGUUAUGGGAUCUAAGAGAGUUGAAGAUUGUGAAGGAGUUUAAGGGGCAUACAGAAGCUAUAGAAUGUUGUAUAUUCCUGCCGAAUCAAGAGAGGGACCUUAUAGCUACAUCAUCUAGAGACUGUUCUGUCAGAGUCUGGGACCAAAAUACUAAUGACUGUAUAGCACGGUGCACAAUAAGUGGAUCAGGACCUUUAACAUCCCUAAUAGCUUAUGAAGAUAACAGUAUAUGUGUGUCCAGUUUUAAUACAGGCAUCCAUGAACUUAAUUUAUCUGUCCAAGACGGUUCCCUAUUACAGCGCUCAUCAUUUUAAAUCAACACUGCCAAUAAAAGUGCCAAUAAAGCGCUUAUAAAGCACAUGUUGUAAAUUUCCAUUGGAAGUGUGUAGGAAACAGGCACUAAAAGUGUGUAGUUAAGUGGUGCUCCAGAACGCUUUCAAGAAGUAUUGUGUGUGGUUUUAUGUACAAUGUGUUAAUUUGCUGUGACCUUUUUUUCCGGAUUUUGUUGUGUUUAUGCCUCUAGUUUGUGGUUUGAAUCUCUGUUUUUGUUGCCAAAAGUCAAAACAUAUCAAAAAAUUUUUUUGCUUUUUUCUAUUUUACAUUCCAUUAAAAUGUUUACCUUACAUUCCAUUUAAAGUGUUUAUGUGUUUAAAAAAUAUGUACAUGUAUAAUGUAUUUUAUUUAAAGGCACAUUAUGCCUCAGAAACAAAAAAAUAUUUACUUUUUCAGAAAGGGCAAACAUGAAUUUUAAUUUUUAUAAUGAUUAAAUAAUGGUUUUAAAAAUGUUACAUGCUUUUACCUGAAGAAAGUAGUGAUACAUGUGAAAUAAUUUAUCAUAAAAGUAGCAGAAUGUGAACAAAGUGCAUGUUGUAUUUUGACUUCCAUACCAAAUACUAAUUCAUCAUAACUGCUCUUAUUGCCAAAAAGUAACAGGUGAAAAAGAUGGUUCAGGUAACUGGCCAAUAAAUAACGUUUUGGAGACUUAUAUAUAUAAGUACAACAAAAUUAAAAGCUUUUGAGAAAGAGAAAAAAGCAUUUCUGAGGCAUAGUGAGUCUUUAAAAAGAAAUAUUAUAUCACUCGUUGUGAUCAUAGUGAUCAUUACAAUGUAGGUACUAGUAUGUUUGUUACUUAGUUGAUUACUUUAUAACUGCUUGUUAACUAUAUUUACUAAGUAAAUAUUAAAGUUUAUAGUAU